CAGGAACCAAAAGUCGAUUGUUGUUUUCAGCCGGUGACUAUGUCAGCUGCACCAACUGCCAGAGUAGCAACAUUAGCUUAAGCUGAUCAGAGAACGAAUGAGAAGUUAACUGGUAGCUCGUGCUAUGAAAUACCUUGUGUGCAUGUGCGAGCUGCACUUAAAACAAAUAACAAUUACUAGCUGGAUUGCAAGUAAUUAAUUAUCUUCGGCCCACGGGAUGGCUGCUGCAGGACGAGAACAUGCAGCUGGACCAAGCACCGAGGACAAAGAUCUAGAUCUAUAUAGUGACCUGAAUCAAAACGACGAGGAUUUGGAUAGAAUUGCAGAAGCAAAUGAACUUUUUGAUGCCGUUCUAACCGGCUCUGUUAACCAAGACAAGAAUGUUGCUACCAAGGAGUCCUUACGUAAGGAGACAUCAGCUAAGGAAGAGGAUAAAUCAACAGAAGCAAAUACUCCAAAAAGAGCAAACUAUCUAAGGAGACUUUCUGUAUAUGUUGGGCAUUUCCCAUGGUGGGUAACUGAGAAUGACCUAACAUCUAUGGCCAAAGGGUUGGGUGUGAAGAACAUCGCAGACAUCAAGUUUGCUGAGGACAGAAGUAAUGGUGUGUCAAGAGGCUUUGCAGAAGUGGUGAUAACGUCAGACGAGUCACUAAAACUAAUGUUGGAAAAAGUACCACAGUGUAAAAUCAACGGGGAAAGGAUAGACUGUCGCUAUGCCACUUGUCAGAACCUUGCUUUUUUUGAAGAGGAAGCAAACAAACGUGUACCCUUGCGAACUAACAAAGAAACCAAGGAAUCUGAUUCGUCAGAUGAGAUUCUCUCAGUAUUAUUAGCACAGAAGACCGCCCCGUCUGCUAUACCUCCACUUUUUCCAUCACAUCCACUUGCUAACAGCUUUCCUCCAUUACCCGGCCCUUCUUUUGGUCAUCCACCUCCCCUGUUUCCACAUAUGCCACAAACAAUCGCUCCGCUCAUGGCAGCCCCGCUGUUCCCUCCUCAUCCAGUCCCUGUCCCAAGCCACCCGUCUCUUGGUAUGCAUCCCACAUACUUCAGCCCAGCACAGGAUGGGCACAGCAGCAAAGCUUACAGCCAACAAACAAACACACCUAAAAGUUCAGAUCAACAUUUGGAGGAGCUUAUGAAUAGAAACAGAACCAUUGCCAGCAGUGCCAUCACAAAAGCUGUGAGUGGUGCAACAGCUGGAGACCUGCAGGUGGCCAUGGAAACACUAUUAACUGCCAUUGCCAUCAUUAAGCAGUCCAGAGUGUAUGGAGAUGAGCGAUGCCAGACGCUGGUCACAUCACUCAAGGAUUGUCUAGUCUCUAUCCAGGGCAAUUCUGGCUACAGUGAACAAAGUCGCUCUGGAAAAAGAGACCGGGACAGGAGUCGGGACAGAGACAGGGAAUGGAGCCGUGACCGAGACCGUGAAAGAGACCUGGAACGGAGUCGAGAGCGUAAUAGAGACCGGGAACGGAGUCGUGGCAGAGAGCGCGAUAGAGACUGGGACAGGAGUCGUGACAGAGAGCGUGAUAGGGACUAUUCUUCUGUCUGUGAAGAUGCAGGAAUGUCUCGAAGACACCUGGAGCACUCCUGGAGUGGAGAAAGGGAAAAGGCGUAUUCACGGGAACGGGAAAGACACAGAGAUCACAGAGACAGGUACCACUAAUUAGACUGAAGUCCUGUGACUGAAGCAGAGCAAAGACAGGCCUUUUUUUUUUUUUUUUUUGG